CAGUGGGUCCCGUCACUGCGAUGACCAGAGUUGUGUAAGGCUUGCGGCAGUGACCAGCAGCUCUCUCAGACUAGGGACUCGCUCCAGGCAGGUCUGAUCCUCAGGCGCAGAGCAAGGAUGCGUGAGAUCGUACACAUCCAGAUUGGCCAGUGUGGCAACCAGAUUGGAGCCAAGUUCUGGGAGGUGAUUGGAGAGGAGCAUGGGAUAGACUGGGCCGGGAGCUACUGUGGGGACAGCGCCCUGCAGCUGGAGAGGAUCAGCGUGUACUACAACGAGGCUCACGGUAAGAAAUACGUGCCCCGAGCAGUCUUGGUGGAUCUGGAACCCGGGACCAUGGACAGCAUCCGAUCUAGCAGAGUGGGGACCCUCUUCCAACCGGACAGCUUUGUUCACGGUAACUCCGGGGCCGGUAACAACUGGGCGAAGGGCUACUACACGGAGGGCGCCGAGCUGGUGGACAGCGUGCUGGACGUGGUGCGCACCGAGGCCGAGGGCUGCGACUGCCUGCAGGGCUUCCAGCUAGUGCAUUCACUGGGCGGGGGCACGGGGUCGGGGAUGGGCACGCUGCUGCUGGGCAAGAUCCGCGAGGAGUACCCCGACCGCAUCGUGAACUCGUUCAGCGUGAUGCCCUCACCCAAGGUGUCGGACACGGUGGUGGAGCCCUACAAUGCCGUGCUGGCGCUGCACCAGCUCGUGGUCAACUCCGACGCCUGCUUCUGCAUCGACAACGAGGCGCUCUACGACAUCUGCUUCCGCACGCUGCGGCUCAGCACGCCCACCUACGGGGACCUCAACCACCUGGUGUCCCUCACCAUGAGCGGCAUCACCACCUCUCUGCGCUUCCCGGGCCAGCUCAACGCUGACCUGCGCAAGCUGGCCGUGAACAUGGUGCCCUUCCCACGCCUGCACUUCUUCAUGCCCGGCUUCGCGCCGCUCACGGCCCAGGGCAGCCAGCAGUACCGCGCGCUGACCGUGGCCGAGCUCACCCAGCAGAUGUUUGACGCCCGCAACACCAUGGCCGCCUGCGACCCCCGCCGUGGCCGCUACCUCACCGUGGCCUGCAUCUUCCGGGGCCGGAUGUCCACGAAGGAGGUGGACGAGCAGCUGCUCAACGUGCAGACCAGGAACAGCGGCUGCUUCGUGGAGUGGAUCCCCAACAACGUCAAGGUGGCCGUGUGCGACAUCCCGCCCCGGGGGCUGAGCAUGGCGGCCACCUUCAUCGGCAACAACACAGCCAUCCAGGAGCUGUUCGGCAGGAUUUCCGAGCAUUUCUCGGCCAUGUUCAAGAGGAAGGCCUUCGUGCACUGGUACACCGGCGAGGGGAUGGACAUCAGCGAGUUUGCUGAAGCUGAGAGUAACAUCCAGGAUUUGGUGUCCGAGUACCAACAGUUUCAAGACGCCAGAGCGGAUGUGGAAGAGAAGGCGGAGGUAGAGGGGGAAGCAGAAGUGGAACCGGCAGACAAGGAACAGUAACGGCGAGAGGCCCUGCCUGAGGCUGGCUCUUCCGGAGCGCUAUUAGGAUGAGCAAGUCACCCCCGUGAUCGCAGGCCGGUUCUGUGCUGUGACACAACGACCCACCCGCAGCCACUCAGCGUUAGCUCUGAUGGGGAACUUUGGGGGGUGGGGUGGGGGGCGGGGAAGUACUGACGGGCACUAGGGUCUUGAAGAGUGUGGUAUUCUGUGCACAAGCUUGGUUUUAUUCUUUUUAAUAGGCAGGUGAAUUAACUGUAGAGUGCUCCCUUUGUUUAAAGAUCUGAUUUGGCUAUUUGCUGUGUGUGGAGAUGGACUGGGUGGGGGGUGUGGGGGAGCCCCUGCAGGUGAGGUUAAGUUGUAUAGGCAUUAGCUACCCUGGUAAGCACAUGGGGAUCUGUACUGGUUGGCAUCUCCGGACUGUUAAGGCUCUCACCGUAGGUUCUCUCUUAAUGCAUGGCCCGCUGCCCACUUGUUCACACCUGCUGACCUCCAGGAGUCAAGUCAUGUGACUGCUUGGUGUUUGGGAGCCACACAGAGGAACACGGGAGUCAGUGACCACUAGUAAAUUGUGGAGAUUGUGUAUACACUUCAGCAUACCGAUUGCAAAAGGGACAAGGGAGGAAAGGAAAGUGGCAGUCCUUCCCAAAAAAAUACCUAGGCAAAAAACCCCACAAAAUAACAACUCCAGUCUUCUGAUCUUUAUGUCUGAAUCAGUUCAGUUCAGUCCAGUCGCUCAGUCGUGUCCGACUCUGUGACCCCAUGAAUCGCAGCACAUCAGGCCUCCCUGUCUAUCACCAACUCCUGGAGUUUACUCAAACCCAUGUCCAUCGAGUCGGUGAUGCCAUCCAGCCAUCUCAUCCUCUAGCUACCUUUUAAAAAUGUUUUUAAAUUGGCUGUGCUGUGCAGUAUGUGGGCUCUUUAGUUCCCAGGAACUAAACCUGCAUGCCUUGCACUGAGAGCUCAGAGUCUUAACCACGAGUCCACCAGGGAAGCGCCCUGUAUAACUAGCUCUUAACAUAUAUGUAGAUACUUUAAAGUUUCUUAUUAAUGUUUGAUUCUGGGAAUUCAUUCAUCAUCUUUGGUUCUUGUAAAGGCUAUUUCAAAAUGCCCUUUUCACUUUAAUGCAGCAACCCUCCUCAAAGGGCUCUGCAGCUGCCCUGCUCUUUAGAAAGGGCACAUGCACGCCCAGCGACCACUGAAACGGAGGAAUUAAGCAGCGGUGGCUGUAGUGUCCUUCGAGGUUAUGGAGGACACUGUCUCAUUAGGGAACUUUUACAGUUGAUAUUAAUUUGCAGAAGUUGCCAUAAAUGUUUGCAUGAUGACACACCUUUAGCCAUUACACAAUUUUAAUCUGUUCACAUUACAACAGGACCAAAUACACAAGAGCGUAAUCAAAUCAUCCAUAACUUCUUAAUUACAGUUUACCUAUUUCUGACAUACAGCACUGCCAUCCCAUCCAGCGCCUGAAGGGUUUUAAUGGCUUUCUAGAAUUACCACGGAGUUAUCCAAUUGGAUCCAUGGGCAGUCGGUGAUGGGAGGAACUAUUUACUUGCAGGCAACUGGGUUUUCAUCUAUUUGCCUUGUAACCUGCAGUAAUAAGGCAGCCAGUGGAUGGGUGAUAGUAGCUCAUUUUGAGAAACUUCACUCUUUUCACGUGCAUAUCACGAGAAAAUAACUAAAAUAUGCACCAAGAGAAAAAUUCUCUCGAUGUUUGUAUUGUGACAUGCCUUAUAUUUACAGAAUUUUAAAAAAUAAAGUUUUAAACACCUUCUACCUGUGGUUCAAAAAGCACUAAAACCGAAAGCAGAUUUAAUAAGAAACUGCAUCUGAAUUACUCUUAGUUUGAGUUCAUAACUUCUUUAGAUGCUAAAAAGACUUAUAACCUGUGAUUACAUAAGAAUUUAUACACAUGCUUCCUCUGGCACUUUUUUCACUUUCUCAAAUCUAAAAAGGCAAUUAAAUAGAUGCAGGAAAGGAUACAGAUCUAAAGUAAAAAAACAAAACCCUGCUGAUUUAUAUUACUGUAAAGAUUUUUGCUUGCUCAAUAGUAAUCAUUAAAAUACAUUCAAUUUUAAA